AUGUCUCAAAAAGCUGCAUCAAAAAACCCGAAGUCUAAAUCUACCGAAGAAGUUUUCUCUGGCUUUCAAACUCUUCGGGCUGAACAACGCCAAUUAGCAAACAAAAUUUCUGAGUUAGAAAUGGAUCUCAAUGAACACAAAAUAGUAAUUGAAACUCUUCGUGGAGUGGACAAAACACGAAAAUGUUUUCGAAUGGUGGGCGGUGUUUUAGUUGAACGCACGGUUGCUGAAGUUUUGCCUGAACUUGAGAGCAACUGUGAACAGUUGCCAAAAGCUCUUAAAGCAUUGGAAGAACAACUUACCAAAAAAGGUCGCGAGAUUAACGAGUACAUUGAAUGCCACGACAUUCGCCUUCAGCGAGUAGAUCGACCUGCUGCUGAGGCUGCGCCGGAGCAACCUUCAAAGUCCAAUGUUCUAGUAGCCAGUGGAUAA